UUUUUCCAUAGAGCUAUAUAUAUUUGUCUGUUUUCACUCACAUGUUGUAUGUAUCCCUUUUUGACCAUAACAGGAAAAAUGUCCAAACAGGGUUUUUUUCACCAUAUAAAACAGAAGCUUGUUGAACACACAAAGUGCUGCUCUCUGGGCUCUAUAAGAGUAGCAGCUUCAAUAAAAUAUUUACAUGCCAUAUUUAAUAAUACUUAGGUUGUAGUGUUGUUGCAAUACUGAAAUUUCUAACUUCAGUACAACACCUUGAAAAAUAUCAAUAUUCGAAACCUUUUGCGAUACCACAAGGAAAAAUUGACAUGGAGGGCAAAAAAUUUAAAACUUAUAUUAAAAUUUAAAACUAACAAGGGUAUAACAUGACAAUGAUGACUUUCCCCUCUUCAGUAGCAGAGAACUGCAAAAUGACUUGUAAACAUAAACAAUAAUAGGGAGCUAGAAAAGUGCAGCUGAUGCCAGUUUAUCAGAAAAUGAGUAUUAAAAACCGAUAACAAAUGUUCAAAAUAGAUAUACAUCAGUAUUUUUGAAAACAUGACUACAUUGUGAAGGAAUGCUCACUAAGUUUACUACCAGCAACAAAAUUUCUCCCACAUUUUUCACACCACAAAUUUAUUCCCUUUGUCUCAUAUGUCUCCAUUUUCUGCAGUGGAAUGAAACCAUUAAACUAUUCCGGGGAGGCAUGCCGCUCAGAAGGCACUGGGCACACUUCCGCUACUAUGAUUGCAGUUUCACAGGAAGCGAGGCUGUGGAUUAUCUGCAUGAGCUGCUGAGGCGCAAUUCCAACUUCGGGCCUGAGGUCACUCGCUACCAGACUCUGCAGCUGCUCAGGAAGUUCCUCAAGGCCCAUGUCAUUGAAGACAUCAAAGGACGGCAUGGCACAGAAGACUUUGAAGACAACGGCCAUCUGUACAGGUUCCCAUCCUCGUCUCCCCUCAAGUCCUUUCCAACAAAGCUUCUGUUGAGAGACAGCAGUGACCUUCCCAGACUCAUUCGCUGGGAUGACUACGAAGAAUUGCCUCAGCGGGAAAACAUUCCACCCCCGAAGUCUGCUGUCAUGACCUCAGAUUUGUGGAAUAAAAGACAUAGUGUCGCUUUUGGGGAUGUGCAUGAAUGCAAACUCAUAAGAAGGAAGGAGAUAACUCCAAAGCAAGUGGACCACAUCUGGAAAUCAAUGACACUUGCUCAUUUACAGAGAGUGUUGGGCCUACAGUCACUGGAUGGAAUUUUAAACCCAACACAUGUGAACGGCAAGCACAUUGUUCAUAAUGUGUUCAGCGUUAAUAAGACGGGCAUCGUGGUACUGGAGAACAAAGCCGAGGACAUGCCAUAUUGGGUGGUGUCAGCAAUGAAGUGCCUCGCCAACUGGCCUAAUGGCAACGAAAGCAAACAGCCAGUGUACCCGGGUUUCGAGAGGGAUGUUCUGAAAACAGUAGCAGAUUACUUUGGGAGACUCAAAGAACCACUGUUGACUUUCCAUCUGUAUGAAGUCUUUGUCAACAUUCUCAGUCUCCUGCAAGAACAGGAGGUAGCCACUGAGGCUCUUCAAGUCAGCUGUCUCUUGCUGCCGCCGCCCAACCGAAGACGCCUCCAGCUUUUACUGCGGCUCAUGGCCCGUGUCUGCCAGAAUCCCCACCUGCCUCCACUCAAUGACACCAUUGCCACCCGCACACUGAUGGUGCAGAUGUUCUCACACUGCGUUCUGGGCUCAGUGGAUGAGAUGGAUUUGGAUGAGCUUUUUGCCACCAAACUGGUGACCUUCAUGAUGGAGCACUACAACACCAUUUUCCAAGUUCCUUCCAAGCUGCGCUGCCAGGUUGAUGAGCAUCUGUCCCACCUCAAAAGAGUCCAGAUCAAAUAUGCAGGUUCAGAUACAGACUUCAGCGCAUCACCAGCUUUUUGUAAACAGAUCAGCAGGGUGGAGUCUGAGGAGCAGAAGGUUAUAGGAACCCAGACCCCCUUGCAUGCGCUGCUGGAAGGCCUGAUCGCAGACAAAGAACUCCCUGCUAAGGACAAGAGGAAAAGGCUUAAACAGUUCCAGAGGUCAUACCCAGAAGUUUACCACAAUCGAUUUCCCACUGAGGAAAGCAAAGCUGCUGUAGUGCCUGAGAAAACACCACGACUCAAACCUCAUCUCAUGUUUUUCAACCUCAAGAAACCCUUCCAGCCCUUUCAGAGGAGCUGGAGUUUUAGGGCAUGAUCUGACACAUCCACACUUCAGCUGGACACUCAAUUCAACCUCAGAAUCAUGAGAACAAGAGCAAAGUUGCUGUAAUGGUGCUCUGACCAAAGUUUUGGUCACGGGACACGGGUAAAUCACAACAAUUAGUUUAUAGCACUGUUAAACUAAGUUAAUAAUACCAGGGGUCAGUUCACACAAAUAUAAACAUAAGGACAUCCCCACUGGCUCACACUAACCAGGGGCCUCAUGUACAAAGACUUGCAUGGAUUUCCUACUGAAACAUGGCGUACGCUCAAAUCCAGAAAACGUCGUACGCACAAAAAAAUCCUGAUGCAUGAAUCUGGGCGCACGCAUGAAUCCAAGCACAUUCCCUUUGUACAUCCCAAUCAGCGCGGAAUUGAGCGCACAUGUUGGAGUACCCGACCACUCCCUGUCCACGCCCCCAUUUAAAUACGCAAAUCAUAUUUAAAUAAGCCCUGCACCUGAGAUUCCCCUCUCUGCACGAUCAGAAAAUAAGAAACAAAAAAUGAGUAAGACGGGAUUUUAAGCUUCCAUUCAUUAAGUUUAUACACUUACACGGAUCACACACUAUUGUUGCAAAUUAGUGCAGAAGUGCGCUGGGGAGAAGGUGAGGCAGAUAAGUCUUUACGCACACUUUACGCACGGGGUUAUUAACAUGAGUACGUUGCGCACAGUGACAAAUAGGGGCUUGUUAGAAAGAUCUGAAACUGUAGUUUAACCAGCAAAACACAGCAAGUCACUAACUCUAACCGCUGUAAUGAUGCGGUGAAGACGGGAUAUGAUUUGGGGGCGCACAUGCUCAAUGCGCAUCACAGGGACUAAUAUUAGGACAAUUACACGACAAAUUUAUUUACCAAGAAGCCACCCAUCGCGCACAGUGCCAGCUUGUAGUCUGUUCCCAACCAUGCUGUUACUCAGAAUGCGUGAAUCGUGCGUUGAACCAGGCCACCUCGCCACAAUGUUGGUUAACUGCAUUUGCGCAUCACAUAUGAUCUGUACAUUGAUGGAAUGAAAGUGUUUCCUGUUCACGUAUACAAAUUCAUCAUGUGACGGCGCUUUUAUAGCAAUGUGUGUGCAGUCGAUAGCUCCGAUUACAUUAGGAAAACGGCUCUCGCUGCAAAUUGCGCUUUAAUGUUGACCUGUUCAGCUGCAUGGUAUGGGAAUUUGAUAUAUCUGGCUGACAUGCGGAUAAUUCCGUCCCAUACGGCUGGCAUGGCUCGGCUGAGGGUCGACUGGCACAGUCCCGAUCGGUCGGCCAGCUCCCUCUGGAAUGCCCCGGUUGCCAGGAACCCCAGUGUGGUCAGCACCUGAAUGGGCACAGGCAGCGCAUGGCUCCUGGCUGUGUUGCGCUCCAAGGCCGGCCGCAGCUCUGCGCACAGUUCCACGAGGAUUGCUCUCGGGAACCUAAAGCGGCUGAUGAGCCAGUCGUCAUCGUGUGCCAGUACAUCGUCUCUGUCUCGAAACACACGCUCUCUUCUAAUUGCACCAUUUGCAAUGUCCUCUAAUGCUGCUAAGCUGCCAUUGUUUUCAGCGGUACUUUUUGCACCACUUUGCGCACGCUUUUAUAUCCACUCAUGUAAUUGGAGACACGUAUGUUUGUGUGUGUGUGU